CAUGUAAACAUUGUAAAAAAAAUGUAAAAAAAAACAACAACAAAAAACAAAAACGAAAGGAAUAUGAUAAAAUUUUAGCAAGAUGUGUAAUCUGUCACUGUUAAUACGUUUACAAUGACUUUAAGAUGCCAUUUACUUUCAGUUGAUUACAAAAUAUACAUUCACUGAAAAUUUACAUUUCUGAGAAUUAAUGUUCUUUUAACUAAACUGUUAAUAUGAGAAUUUGUCGUUGUUUUUUUUUUGUAGAAAAAGUGAUUCUUCACCUCUAGAUGGUUGUGGGGCGAUGCGUUCAGUUACCAGUAAAUGUCCUGGUUUGAAAAAACCAAAGUUAAUACGUACCAGGCUGUUGAGGAAAUAUCUUGCAACAACAUCGCAGAUAUUGGACAUGACAAGCGCGGAGUUGAAGCUUGUUGCAGAUCACAUGGGUCACAAUAUAAACAUUCAUACCGACGUUUAUAGGCUUCAAAGUUCUCUGCUCGAGAAGACAAAAGUGGCAAGGGUGCUAAUUGCUUUGGAAAAUGGUCAGAUGAAUUGUUUCCAAGGACGAAACCUAGAAUCCAUUUCCCAGUGA